AUGAGUGACUCGGAGCUAAAGAUAAUCUCUUGUCAAGGGGCCAUAGCUAACGCAGGGGCCUUUGGCAUUGAUAGAGACCCUGUUCGCUCAUUUUCUGAGCUUGCUGGAGAAGGGAUGUUGCGACGUCGAUGGUUAGAAAAUGCCGAUGAGCCAAACUGCCCGAUUGAACAAUCCACGCUAACCUAUGAAGAUUUGCUGGCAGCCUCUUCGGAAGUAGAGGAUGUGAAUGGAGAUGACCAAAUGAAACAAGAACUCGAUGAAAUGGAAGAUCACGCCUCCGCAGUUCCUGAUGACCUUCGAGAACUAAUUCAAAAUGCUCCCCCUGGUACAUCUCACUACAUCAUGAUUAAUUCCAAUAUACGUGGUUCUAGCUUUACAUGGCAAGGACUGAUCGGACCAGGAGUUAUGCUGAUCGACCUCUUCGAGAGGGAAGAGAACAGUGCUGCUCCGUAUGCUUCCGAUGUAAGUCAAGCUCUUUAUCGGCAUUAUCAUCCAAUGCAGUUAUUGGGCUAUAUCUAUGUAACGAGUGUAAUAAACGGUCAAACAAUCUCUUUUGUUAGAGAUUGUCUAUACGGAGCCAACGGGGAUGAUCACUGGCCAUCAGGAUGGCCAAGUGGCAGUUGUUUACGAGAGUGGAAUCACGGCACCCCGCAGUUUGAUGCCUUGAUGGGCUCCAGAAUUGGCAAGACAGUUGCCUACAUCUUGCUCAGUGCGUUUCCUCGAGGCACUCGGCGAAUCGGGAAAAUCACUACGUGGCCUAGCGCAAUCUCUGUUGAUUUACGAUUUGAUAUUGAAGCCUCUAUGCCUUGA